AACAAGAUGGCGGCGCCCAUCGCAGAGGAGCUGGAGCGGCUGCUCAACCCGCUGCCCGCCGCUCCGGUGGAUCCGGAGGACGACCCCGAGGACGCCACUGCAGCCAGAGUUGUCGACAGAUUUGAUGAAGGAGGCCCUGAAGACAACCUCCUUGGCGUUGGCCUCAUACGGAAAGGCGUCUCCUCCAGCCUCCUGGAUGCCGAUAAGCGAUACUGGGGGAAGGCCACAUCUCGCAAAGCCUUGGAGGACCAGUUAUGGGGGGAGCCGCAGUUGGCAGAUGGACAGACUGCGGGGGAAGAGGAAACAGAUGAGAGUGACCUUGACAGCGAAUCCCUGGAGGAGGAAGUGGAUGAUGAAGACCAGGAGGAGGAAGAGGAGGAGGAGGCAGCUAUGUGCAGUGCUGACAGUGGCCGGGAGGAAGAGGGAGAACCACUGGCGGACCUGAAAAAAGCAGCUUUCAGUUUCCAGGCUGUUGAUGAUUUUGAGAAGUUUGCUGAGGGGAUGGAUGAAAUUGAGAGCAUGGAUGAGGAAGAGGAAGAUAGCGUGGAAGAAGGCAGUGGUGAUGAAGAAAGCAGUGGUGAUGAAACCAUUUCCAAGCAAGGCUCUGAAGCCACGGAUGAAAUGGUGGGUGCCGAAGACAGCAAGGACGACCGAGUGUUUUCAGCGUUCUCUGAAGACAAAGUGGCCGAGGAAGUAGAGAAAGGGAGAGCGGUGAAAAAUCAAAUAGCGCUGUGGGACCAGCUCUUGGAAGGGAGGAUCAAGCUUCAGAAGGCCCUGCUGACUGCCAACCAACUUCCGCAGCCAAGUACCUUCCCUGAAUUUAAGAAGAGAGGAGGACAGGAGUUUGCCAGUGCCGUCAAAGACAACUACAAAGCCCUCAAAGCUUUGCUGCGAUCACUGGUGGAUCUCCAGGAUGAGCUGCUGUACCAGUAUUCAGGCACGAGGCAUCUGGUGGCUGAUGGGCAGUGCGUGGAAGAGGAGAGUACUGAAGAGAUCCCAAGCGGGAGUGAUGAAGAAGGUGAAAGGGAGGAUAUGACGAGGAAGAGGCUGCCGAAGCGGCUGCUCAAGCGGAAGCUUGCAAUGGAUGAGUACCCGGCGUUUGCGGCCAAGCGGUUUACUGAGUUCCAGGCCUAUCGGAACAGCACCUUGCAGAAGUGGCACGACAAGACCAAGCUGGCCUCUGGCAAAGUGGGGAAGGGUUUCGGUGCCUUUGAGCGUUCAAUCUUGACUCAGAUUGAUCAUAUUCUGAUGGACAAAGAGAGAUUACUUCGGCGGACGCAGACCAAGCGCUCAGUGUACAGGGUGCUGGGAAAGCCGUUGCGGGAGCUGGAGCCACCUCUGGAAGCUUUAUCAGGAUGCACGGAGGCCUUUCCGCUAGCUGCAACCAACGCCCACCUCAAAGACCUGGAUGAGGAGGUCUUUGAUGACGAUGACUUUUACCAUCAGCUCCUCCGUGAACUUAUUGACCGUAAAACCAGCUCCUUGGACCCAAAUGACCAAGUGGCGAUGGGAAGGCAGUGGCUCGCUAUCCAGAAGCUACGGAGCAAAAUUCGGAAGAAGGUGGACCGAAAGGCUAGUAAAGGAAGGAAAAUCCGGUAUCACAUCCACAGCAAGCUGGUGAACUUCAUGGCGCCCAUUGACCACUGCACAAUGAAUGACGACGCCAGAACUGAGCUUUAUCGGUCGUUAUUUGGCAAAAGAUCUCAUAUGGAACGAGGUGACCAACUUUAGGAACUGUGAGAAGGGAGGAGUUUGCUGCAUUUGACACUUGCCCACUGCACUGCGACACCCCCUUGCCUUUCACCCCAGUUGGCAGAGCCACCGUUGCGACCUCUCCGUGGCCAUUGGUGGAGGUUGGCCCAGUGGAGUAAUGCGCCGAUUGUGAAUGCACCUUCUACAGGUCUGUCAUCCCCUGCCUUCUGCCCGUCUUUGCUCCUGUUUCACACAGUGGGUGCUUUUUGUGACUAGCACUGAGAGGGCUUCAGGCAGGCGUUAAGCAGCCACCCUGCCAAAACGCGCUAUCAAGAGCUUAUCAAGCAUGAAACGAGGCCUGAGGCUGAUACGAAAUCUCAAAGGUCGGCAGCAUGAACAUCUUCCAGAGUCUUGAAGCAGCCAUAGGUAGGCUCAGACCUAACGAAAGACACCCGAAGGAAACAGAAACCUCCUCAGGCGCAAAGACCGCUCGUCAGAAUGUCCCCGAGGAGCUUGGCGUCAUCUUGUGCAAUAGAAUGUCUCAGAGUUGGCCCAGCACUCAUCAGCAAUUGGACCUCCAUGUUUUGCUAAAGAAAGGACUUCUGUUUAAUGGACGUUGCCAUACAUCAGCAAGGGUGGUACUCUUGAAUGUGGCUCAGUGUUUCAAACUGUCCAGCUUUUGUGGGGGGGGAGGGGAGGGGGGAGGUUUUUUGGAAUUUUCCCUACAGACAUUUUGGAAAAUGCAGUAAAGGAUUUAUUAAUAUCAAAAGUGGCCUUAUCUGUCAACACUCUCAACUUCCAAAAGUUCUUUUUACUAGUCCUCUGAUCAAUAGUUUCCAACAGGACCCAACCAAAGAAGUCCUAUAGCUCUUUAGACGUAGUAAUUUGUGACCAAUAAAUGCUUGUGAGUUGUCCUGCAAUCAUAAAAAGUAUUUAAUUAUUUUUGCUGAUGAGGAUUCAUUGAGAUUUUUUUCUUCCCUAGCAGAGAGAUGCUGUGUGUAGAGGUGAGCCCUGGUGUAAAUCUCAUAAAGGAAAGAUGAUUCACUUGUUUUUAUUCAGAAGGUCAAAAAGCUGGAAAUUAAUUCCCCAUAAAGUGAAUUUAUCAGCUUGCCAUGAUCAUUCUCCAAUGGAGAUUAUCUUACAUAAAUAAUACAUGCAUAUGUAACAGAAUAGUUGCAGUGAGCGUCUUUGGAGUCAUGCUCUUUUUUCCAAAGAUUCAAUAAAAUAGUUUACUUCAUAAGCUC